UGAGAAAUUUUGUUUCUUUCUCCUGCGUGGUUGGGAGCAGGUGAGGGUGGGGACUGUCAUUUGCAGAGAAUUUCCGGCGCCUGUUUAUCAGCACAGAUGAGUUCAACCUUGAAAUUCUGUUCGUGGACUAUGUUCCCAACUGCAAAAUAUUCAUUGCAGGAUGAGAAUCCAAAAGAGCAAGUAAAGUCCCAGUCUCAAGGUCAUGAUGCAAUGCAGAUGAUUAAGUCAGAGAUGCAAGAUCGUGGAUUUCAUUACAUGCCACCAAAGAAACCGAGGAAAUCAGAUGGCUAUCUUCGAUAUAGGAGGAGACUAACUGGUGGUUUUAUUUAUGUUGUGCAUGCUGAUUAUUACAUGUUGCUGCGUGCUUUUGCAAAGCUUGCGGAGGUUGAUGUUCGUAUCAUGCAUACCAGUGUAUUAAAACUUGAGAAGAGACUCCCAUGGAUUGAAGAACAAAUUGAAAGAAGCUUGAACACCUUGCAAAACCUCUCUAGUAGAACGAAAGAUGAGCUAAGACCUUUAUCGGGUUGAAGUUUCUAUGGAGCCUUAUACUCUGCCAACAUGGUAAGUUCCCGGAUCAUCAUUUCUUUUCUAUGAAAAAAAUAGAAUUUUCCUUGAGCAUUUUGGUCUGCUAGCACUACUUUUUUCCUUUAGAGAUUUAAUACAGUACAUUUUCACUCCACGAAUACCAUGUGAUUCUCAACCAGUUAGAGUUUACUAUCUGAAUGUGUUUAAGUACUAAUGGCAUACAAAGUAUCAUCGAGCGUCCCCUCCAUUCCAUUUAUGGUGGACCAUGCGUUGCAUUGUUUGAGUGUGGUUUCAAAGUAUGGUUAGGUGCAUACAUCAGGAAACAAGGGCAUGUUGUGGCCUGUGGGCGUUGGUAAGCAAGUUGAGCACAAAAAGAGCAGGGCAGAUUGUGGGUCUUUGUUAGCUGAAGCAAUCUGUAGGAUGAAGUGAUGAACCACGGAUUAUGACCUUUUUCUUUAGAAUGAGCAGAAUUAUGUUAGAGUGCCAAACAUUACAUGCCAUGGAUACCUUGGAUUCAAUCUUGCGAGAGGUGGGUCAUAUUAACACACACUGAGCACAUGAGUUUUCUUGCUGCAACAGCUUUUGAUAUUUAUUCAAAUAUCUAAAAACCUAUAACUACUAAUAACCUCUAUUAGAUUGAAACUCAUCCAAAGGUGUAUUUUAUAGGGGAGAGGUCAGCCUAUAUAUAGGCACAACAACCGUCCUAAUGCAGCUAUAAUAACCGACAUACUGUUUUCUAAAGUAACCAGCAUACUAUUUUCUAUGGUAACAGAUUUACUGUUGCUAUCGCCCCUACUGUUGCUCCAGUACCAACACAUAAGGAUUACCCUAACAUUACUAACCAUAAGCAUUGUGUAUUAGUAUCGCUGACAAGGUCGCUGUCGUUGUAGCCAACCAGCUGUCCUCUU